CAGGAGCGAGCGGAAGUGUAACGCAGCAGUCAUUGUGUGGAGGUGUGUUGUGUUCUGUUUUUUCACCUGCCAAAAUGCCGGAGUUAGCGGUGGAAAAUGUGGUCGUUCACCCCCUGGUGUUGCUCAGCGUGGUCGAUCAUUUCAACAGGAAAGUGGGAAAUCAGAAACGAGUGGUUGGUGUCCUCCUGGGAUCAUGGCAGAAAAAUCUGGACGUCUCAAAUAGUUUUUGCAGGUAAUUGCCAUUUGAUGAGGAUGACAGGGAUGACUCAGUUUUCCUGGACCAUGACUACUUGGAAGGAACAUGGUAUGGCAUGUUCAGAAAGUUAUCAGCCAGAGAACGAAUAGUUGGCUGGUACCACACAGGACAAUUACAUAAGAAUGACAUUGCCAUCAAUGAGCUCAUCAAGCGGUACUGUACAAUUCGGUAUAUUGUAAAGCCCAAAGAUCUCGGUCUCCCCACAGCAUACAUCUCCGUGGAGGAAUCCAUGAUGUAAGUGAACUUUAAGGUGCACCAAAACAAAUGCACUCCAACAUCUAAGACAUUUGAACAUGUCACCAGUGGAGAUUGGAGCGAGGAAGCAGAGGAAGUGGGAGUGGAGCACCUGCUCAGAGACAUCAAAGACACGACAGUGGGCACGCUAUCGCAGCGCAUCACAAACCAGGUUCACGGCCUAAAGGGACUCAACUCUAAGCUGUUGGACAUCCGCUCUUACCUAGAGAGGGUGGCUGCAGGCAAACUUCCCAUCAACCACCAGAUCAUCUACCAGCUGCAGGAUGUUUUCAAUCUGCUGCCAGAUGUAAAUCUGCUGGAGUUCACAAAAGCCUUUUACCUAAAGACCAAUGACCAGAUGUUGGUGGUCUACCUGGCCUCGCUCAUACGCUCUGUGGUGGCUCUGCACAACCUGAUCAACAACAAGAUUUCCAACCGAGACGCAGAAAGAAGGAAGGACAGGAAAAGGAGGAAGGCAAGAAAGAGAAGAAAGAUGACCAAAGACAAAAAAGAUGGACAAAGACAAGAGAAGGAGAAGAAGCAGAUGGUGUGUCAAGAAAGAUGAGAAAAAGAAAAAAAUAAUGAGCACUCUUCUUCUGUGGUCCUCUCUCAAAUCACACCGCCGUCUUUUGAAUGGUGCUCUACUUUGUGCCCACAGGCAUGGCUCUGUAUGUGGGUCUCAGGCUAAAAGUAGGACUCUAUACAGGGAA